GGUACUUGGUGUUGUAGUAUUUACGAAUAAUCUACCUUGGUGUACUAAAAAGGGUUUGUAGAGCUGAAGAUAGGUUAUGGAAGGAGUGCCCAAUAGUACUGUAUCGACCGUUUAUGACAUAUGUUGUCCUUUCAGUACCGACCACUAAAAAAAAGGGCUGGCACAUGUUCAACAUUACACACCUACUCACCGUGCAGUUUGGGCACUCGGCUGGGAAAAAAGCUGCAUUCGUCAUCUGCUUCGGCCCCUUUCGUCCUAGCAAACACACAAUGAAGCCCGUGAUCGAAUCAGUCGAUGCAAUAAGCAAGCUCGAACACCUCUCUGGUGUCAAGAUCAGGCCAGGAGAGAACCCAUAUGAUGCCCUCAUACAGAUUUGCAAUGACCAUCCCGCCGAGAUACAAUCGUUGUAUGCCAGUCAUCGACUGACACGGAAUCUCCAACAACAACAGCAGUUCUUGUCAGCCGACUUCAAGGAACUGAUUGUCGACCCUGUAUUAUUUCGGCUCGAAAGACCGUCGGUCCAGCCUGGAUUCCGAGACCCACGACACUGUCUUGUCGUCUGGGCAAGACCACCAGAGCACAUUUUGAAACUGGCUUCCCAUUUGCAAACCCUUCUCCAGAAGGCGGCUCCUAAUUUAUGGCUCAUGCCUACGCACCGUAUGCACAUGACGACACUUGAGCUGGCGCACUCGCAGACCUCGGACGAGAUUGCGAGCCUUGCGUCGUCGAUACGGCCGGCGAUACCGCUGUUGACGAACCUGACGUUUCUGCAUCGGGUCCGGUUGGUGAGACCCAUGAUAUCCUACGAUCUCUCGGCCAUUGCCGUGUCGUUCGUCCCGGCAGCCGAGGAGCAUGAUGGGUACACGUACCACCAUCUCCGCAGAGACCUGUUCGAGGCAGUGAAGAAGACCGGGGUUGAGGUCAGGUCGCGGUACGUGGUUCCUAGCGCUCAUAUCACGCUCGGGCGAUAUCUCGACCAAGAGGAUCACGCAACACCUCUGGCGCGGCAAAGCUGGAUUCGGGCGAUAAAAGAGAUCAAUGAAUGGCUGGAGACCCAAGUGUGGGACGCUGUCGACGGCGAGUUCAUGGGGGAGUGGAUUGUCGGUCAGGAGAAGGGGCUUGAAGUGCGGGACGGCACGCUAUGGUAUGGAGGUGGUCGCACCAUCAUGGCGGGAGAAGGAUUCUAAGUUGACUCAUGUUGGAACGGUUGGGACUGUUGGUAAUACUACCUAUAUUUUGUUUCUUGGUUCCCCGCCCUCACUGUACCCCCGCUGUUGCCUGUUAUGGUGCAUAGUUGGUGCACAGUGAACAAAGUUUAUGCUGCUGAGGUAGCGAGCGAUCUCCAUGUAUCUACUAUAUGCCGCCCAAAGGCAUGUUAUGGUUUGUUGUACGGCUGCCAUAUCUACAAUCCCUAUUUGCCGACCCCAUUGCCCAUGCAAUCAACACCAGAUUCUCAUCUCAAGUUUGGACUUGGUGUCAUUCAUGACGUUGCUGGGGUGGACCUCGUCACUGCUGCCAAGGGUGGAGACGUAGUGCCGUACCUGGGUAGGCAGCUAGGCUCGUCCCUACACUAGUUCUGUAUUGCCAGUAUGUACCCGCCUAACCCCGUCC